CAAAAAGAAUCAGAGAGAGAGAGAAGGAAAGAGAAAGAGCGCGGGAGAAAAUUUUAAAUAGAAGAGGAAAGGAAGAGAGGAGAAUUUUAACGUUUUAAUCGUCACUUUGCGUUUGGAAAGUCAAACAGCCCUUUUACAUACAUAUACACAUUGUGCAUACACACAUAUACACGCAUAAAAGGUCCCCGGUGGCCGUAUGUAUACGGACGUGAACGUAUAACGAGAGAGAGAAAGAGAGAGAGAGAAGAAUAAUCUCCUCGAUUCGAGAUCGACGGACGAACGAACGAACGAACGAACGAACGAAAGAACGUUGAAAACGAGAGAGGAAAGAUUUCGUUUUCCAAGAUUGGAUUUGGUUUAGAAAUUCUCGUUUCAUAACGAUACCUCUCCCCCUUCGAGCCCUUUAUAAUCGAUUAAUAUACGAACCAGGACAGCAAAGUACCUGCAGACACAGAUAUAUUUAUAAGAAUAAUAUUUAUAUGAUAUAUAUAUAUAUAUAUUAUAUAAACAGAUAAAUAUAUAAUAACAAGACACGUACACAUACACAUAUAAGUAAUAGAGACGGAUCGGGCAACAACAAGCAACAAAGGGCAAAGAGAAUAAUAAUAAUAACAACAACAACAACAAUAAGACAACAACAGUAAGAAUAAUAAAAUAAAAAAAUAAUAAACGAUAGCUGUUAAGAAGAAAAGAAAGAAGAGAAGAGGAUCGUACAACGGAGUGUGAACGCUUAUACAUAAUUCUAGAAACGCGCUACGGUUAAGAGUACUUCCACAUUGCGAUUAAUUAAUUUCAACUCAAGCGAUUGCUGCGCCUGUUCUACAUACACGAUCAAGAUACCUCAAGACAGCAACGGGCGGCGAAGCGACACGAUCAGCAUGCACCUGGGACCGCGGUUCGAGGCGCACUUCAAGAUGCGGUAGAGGAAGUCCCUCGACCCGAGCUCGCCCGAAUCCAGAGUUCCGCUGAGAGCGGUGCGGCAACGGAGAGGUGUCCCGCCCCGGUGACACGUACGAAGCAUAAUAAUCGCAUGCAUAAUAACAACAACAACAACAACAACAACAGCAACAACAAUUACAACAACUACAACAAUCGACGGAGCGAGAGCCUACGAUCGGAUUACGCCACGCGAAAGAAAGGAGAGAAGGGAGUCCGGCAAAGGAUUCCAGCGCUUGGACGCGCUCCCUGAACGCACCCGCCCACCCACGCGCGGCCAACCAAGGCUCGGUUACUCGACCGAACGGGAGCCCGGGAAUCGCCUCGGAAUCGACCGAUCGAUGAGAACCACUGCCCUCUGAAAAGAUUCCCUUCUGAACGCGCCCCCCUCUCGAUCCCCCCUUCCCCUAGCCCCCCCCCCUCCCCCUCGACAAACGUCAUCGCCUCGAAGACGACCUUCCCCCCUCCCCUCCCCUCCCUCCCCCUCCCCGGGCUCCGCCGUUAAACCGUUUCUCUCCCCCGUCGAGGGACACGCGUUUUCAAGAGGGAAGUGAAGAAGAAGAAGAAGAAGAAGAAGAAGAAGAAGAGGAAGAGGAAGAGGAAGAGGAAGAGGAAGAGGAGACCAGGUCGUCGUCACGGUGGCAAGCUUAGUGAGCGGGAACGUAGCGGUGCGUUACGAUGAGGCGUCAGGAGUGGUUGGCACGGGGGGUGUCGUGUUGGCAGCCACUUCCAGGUUAGCCAGUGCGGAUCAGGCAACGCCCGCCACCAUGGACACCAGCGACUCCAGCAUGGACACGACUAACGGGGGGGGCUCGAGCGCCGGGGUGGGUGUCGGUGGGACGAUCGCCUCUGUGGUGGCAGGGGCCGCGUCCUUGACCCUGGUCAAGGCCGAGACGCCCGAACACCUGGCCGGGACGUCGACGACGACGGCGGCGGCGACGCCGACGCCCCCGUCGGUCCCCGGCGCGGUGGCCGCGGCGGCCGGCGGCGCCCUCUUCCCCGGGCUAGCCGCGGCGAGCAAGAGCGCGAGAUCCGACGAUUGGCUCGCGAACGCGAACAGCCCGGUCGGCUCCCCGUCCGCCACGUUGCAGCCGCAGCACGUGGUUUACGGGAAUCCUCAGCAACAGCUCGCCGCCGCCGAGUCCCAGCAACAGCAGCCGCCCCUCGCCCACUCAAGCCCCCUCGCCCACCAGCAGCAACAGCCCAACAGCAACAACGGUUACGCCAGUCCUAUGAGCACCAGCAGCUACGAUCCUUACAGUCCCAACAGUAAGAUAGGUAGGGACGAGUUGUCGCAGCCUGGCUCUUUGAACGGGUAUGGGAGCAGCGGAGGCGGAGGUGGAGGAGGCGGAGGAGGAGGAGGAGGAGGAGGAGGAGGCGGCGGAGGCGGCGGCGGCGGGGGUGGAGGCGGAGGCAGCGACGGCUGCGACGCAAGGAAGAAGAAGGGACCGACCCCGAGGCAGCAGGAGGAGUUGUGCCUCGUGUGCGGCGAUCGUGCCUCCGGCUACCACUACAACGCGCUCACCUGCGAGGGGUGCAAGGGCUUCUUCAGGCGAAGCAUCACCAAGAACGCGGUCUAUCAGUGUAAAUACGGGAACAAUUGCGAGAUCGACAUGUACAUGAGGCGCAAGUGUCAAGAGUGCAGGCUGAAGAAGUGUUUGACCGUCGGGAUGAGGCCUGAAUGCGUGGUCCCUGAAUACCAGUGCGCCGUGAAGCGCAAAGAGAAGAAGGCGCAAAAGGAGAAGGACAAGCCGAACAGUACAACGAUGAACGGCUCCCCGGGUAGUGGGAUACGGAGCGAUCAGAUGGGGGUGAAGAUCGAACCGGCCGAGGCAGAGUCGUUGUCCACGUCCGGGAGCAGUGGAAUUUUGACGCCGGUCAGCCCUUACGGCUACGUGAAACCGAUCAGCCCCGAGCAGGAAGAGUUGAUACACAGGCUCGUCUACUUCCAGAACGAGUACGAGCAACCCAGUGAGGAAGAUCUCAAGAGGAUCACGAAUCAGCCCUCGGAAGGAGAGGAUAUCAGUGAUUACAAGUUCAGGCACAUCACCGAGAUCACGAUCCUUACGGUUCAAUUGAUCGUCGAGUUCUCGAAGAGAUUACCAGGCUUCGACGAGCUGAUGCGAGAGGAUCAGAUCGCUCUGCUCAAGGCCUGCUCCAGCGAGGUGAUGAUGCUUCGAAUGGCGAGGAAGUACGACGUGCAGACGGACAGCAUAAUAUUCGCCAAUAAUCAGCCUUACACAAAGGACAGCUAUACCGUGGCAGGUAUGGGCGAGACGAUCGAGGAUUUGCUACAUUUCUGCCGGCAGAUGUACGCCAUGAAAGUGAACAACGCCGAGUACGCGUUGUUGACGGCCAUUGUCAUAUUCUCAGAGAGGCCGAACCUGCUCGAAGGCUGGAAGGUGGAGAAGAUUCAGGAGAUCUAUCUGGAGGCGUUGAGGGCAUACGUGGACAACAGGCGCAGACCGAAUCCCGGCACGGUGUUCGCGAGGUUGCUGUCCGUGUUGACCGAGCUGCGGACCCUCGGCAACCAGAACAGCGAGAUGUGCUUCAGUCUCAAGUUCAAGAAUAAAAAGCUGCCAGUUUUCCUCGCCGAGAUCUGGGACGUAACACCCUAGUUCCCCCGUGGCCGAUCCCCGUCGGCUAAUAGUGUUGUUUCAUCGCGAGUCCGCGUGGCGUCCAGAAGAACGUUGAGGCUGACCGAAGGGAGCAGCGUAAUCAUCGGCAGGCGCGAUACGCGGACGUGGAGAACCUCCUGUACUAGUGCACCACCAUGCCACUGCCUACCGAGUAGUAGACCGGUGUCGUCUACUAGUAGCAGCAUCGAAUUCCCGUUCUAUCAGAAUUCGCUUCUUUCACCUUCCCUCGGCUCCUCCGCACCGGCUUCGUGAAGCUGUGCUAAAAACGGGGGCUGCGGCAGUGCUUUCGGCAGUGCUUUAGUCGGCAGUGGAGCUUAGACGCCGUGGAGGAUGACGAUGAUAUAUAUUUACAUAUGUAAACGACGAAGUCAGGAGGAACACCGAAGAAGAAGAAGAAGAAGAAGAAGAAGAAGGAGAAGAAGGCAGUGGCGAGGCACCCAGGCUGUGAUACGUAGAGACAGUACAGAGACUGUAAUAAGGAGCUACCUACCAGUUAUGUUAUUACUAUAUUCUCUACCUGGCUACCCCCCUCCCCCGGAAUCGAUAAAUGUAAAUGUAUAAUGUGUAAUGUAUAAGGUAGCGGCUACUACAAGGCGGGGCGCGUUGUAUAAGGGGCGACAAGCGUUGUUAGUAUGAAUGGAAAACCGAGAGGAGUUGAUGCGGGACGGAAUGCGAGAGAGGGAGUGCGUGUUUAAUUGUAUGCGUGCGCAAUUUUCGGCCGAGUUGUGACUGAAAAAGUUAUUACGAUAUAAUCAUAUUAUGAUUAUAAAUGAUAACGAUGAUAGAACCGACAGGAUCGAUCGCACUCUUCUAUAAAUGUAAAUUGUUGAAAAGCAAGGGUAUACGGAGAAGGAAGGAAGGAAGGAAGGGAAGGGAGGUCGGUUGAGCUGUUGAGCAGCGAUCUGGCCUGGCCGAUAUCGAGAGUGCGAAAGUAUCGAGGAAACAAAAAAAAAACAAAAAAAAAAAUGAUGAUGAUAAAUGAUGAUGAUUAAAAAAAAAAAAAUAACAAACGAUACGAUUAUACAUAAUGAUACCAUAGAGUCUAUAUCACAACACAUAGCAUAAUAAUAUAUUGCUAGCAUGUACAUUGUUUAUACGAGGAAAGAUAUAAUUGAAGAGGUGGGUUUAAGAGAUGCGCCGGUUGAUCAUGAAGAUGAAUGACAGGUGAAUGAUGGAAGGGAAAAUACGUGGAACGGUUUUUCCGCGACGAAUAAGAUGUCGAAGACGAGGCUUGGCAUUUGCGCGCGUCCGAGUUUUCUUUUUUCGCGAAAAUGGCAAUGAAAAGGGGUUGCGCGAUGGGAUGGAAAGAGAGAGAGAGAGAGAGGGAGAGAGAAAGAGAAAGAGAGAGAGAGAGAGAGAGAGAACAAAAGCGUGGUAGCAAUUUAGGACAAUGUUAAGUAAAGUAAAAGUAAGCGAGGCUAGUUGGUAGUAGGUCGUAGUAAGUCAGUGAAGCUAGGCUAGGUGACCGAGUUCAAGUGCAAAGCCUUGUGCCUUCAGCAGCGGACAUCGGCUCACCGACAAACGAAACCAUAAAAUUUAACCGUCCGUUUUAAUUUUUUAAUAAAAAAAAAAAAGAUGAAAAAAUCAACAAAAUCGAGCAAAAUAUUGUAAAUCUAUGUCAGAGUGAGAGAACGAGGGAGAGAGAGAGAGAGAGAGAGAGAGAGAGAGAGAGAGAGAGAGAGAGAGAGAGAGUGAAAGGAAGAGAGAAAGAGAGAGAGAGAGAGAAAAUAGAUCGAAAGAGAGGGAGUGAAUGUACGAAAAUAUUAAAUUUGCGUUUAGACGUUGAGAGAGCAAGAGAGAGAAGCAGAUACAUGGAUGCAUGAGAAUACGGGAGUGAGUGAGAAAAAAAGUACCGAGCGAAGAGGAGAAAGAACGGGAAUGAAUUUCAUGGGAAGUUGAUAGAAAUUGUUGAGGAAAUUAAAAAAAAAAAAAAAAGAACGAGAAAGAAACAAGAACAGAGUCGCGCCAGAUCUCAGCUGAAGAUGAGAAUUAUAGAAGCGGGCUUCGAAAAGUUGAAGUUGAUUUUCGACCGAUAUAUUUGGACAUGCAAUGCUAGCAUUAAAAAAAAAAAAAAUAAUAAUAAUAAUAUUAAAACAACACACUCAAUUGUUGAGAAGAAGCGAAAGAUGGAAAACUGGCGUUAAGAAUAUUCUGAUCAGCAGACAGACGUGCAAAGUAAUAAUAAUUCUGCGAUCGACUUUCAGCUGACUCUCAAACACGAACCGAGAAUGACAGACACACACGUAUAUACACACCACGUACACGCGCGCAUGCACACCCAAAGACAUAAUAAAGAGAGAGAGAGAGACUAUACUCGCAGGAGAAUUGGAGAAAAAUAAGAAGGAAAGAUCGGAGAUAUACCUGUGCAUACACAUAUACGUGAGCCACACUGUACACUAAGAUUCUUAAUGUUGUAACACUGUAACUCUAUGCUAUUAACUGAUCAUAAUGCAGUUGUAUUCCAUAGUAAGUUAAACGAGCAAAUUUUAAAAAAGGUAAAAAAAAAAAAAAAAGAAAAAAACGUAAAUUCUUGUAACGUGCGAUUAACACGAGGCGGAGUUUUUCUGGAAAAGGGGGGGGAAAAAAAAAAAAAAAAAAAAGAAAAAAAAAAGAAAAUACAAUGUGGUUGGAAUUAAUUAAGGCGAUGUAUUUAUUUUAAACGUGAUGUAAAAAACGUGAAAAAUUGAUCAAUUUGAAAUGAAAUGGAACAAGAGAAGCAAGGGAUAUAACGUUGUAGUAAUGAAUGAUGAAUCAGAAAAAUGGACAAAAGAACGAGUUACUAGUAAUUUGCCUAGAACAAAAUAGUAAGAUCCUAUAGACGUGCUGUGUUUUACUAUUGUACAGUUAUAUACUUAUCGUAUAUUCGAAGAAGGCGAAAAAAAAUCCAUGCAGUAAGUUGCUGUAAUCUAAGUAACAUUUCUUCUCCGAUCGUGUCUAUCUGGGGUGGUUUUGGGAAAAAACAAUUCCAAACGUUUGAUAUUCGAAAAUCGGCAACAAUGCACGAGUCACGUGAUCCAAUAAUCAUUAUAUCCAAUCGUUACGUCCACUAUUUUACGACGCCUUCGAUGCCUCAGAUCGACACAGUUUUUCGGACAGGGACAGUCGAUACGUCCCAUAAAUUCUACAAAGACAAAAGGGAAGAUCUAUAAAUUAUGCAAAAUGCCGCAAGGCGGACACUGCCACACCGCAGAAGGAAGAGAGAAGUGCGUUGUGAUGGCACGAGAUUUCGGAUGGACGAAGCUUCAGAUAAAUAGAAAUCUUAAGUGUAAUAUCAGCCAGAUCAUCACCAUCAUCGCCACCAACGUGAUUGUCGCUUGCAUUUUGAAUUAAUCCACUCCAAUAUUAGUAAUACGAUAAUAAUAAUACCUUCUAAGAACUCGAAAACCAUUGUCUCAAGGCAUUGCUGGAAUCUUAUUUAUCUUGGAGGAGGAAAUUGGAAAUGGAUCGAUCGAUACAGACGUAUGAAAGUUCUGAAUAUCUCGGAUAUAUCGUGGGAAAAAAAUUAAGUGGAGGUGAAGAAAAGGAUGAUCGACAAAAAGAAAAAAAAGUAAGCGCGAAUCAACGAAUGGAGAUGAAGAGGACCUGUACAAAGACACCAGCACGCCGACAUACAUUUGCACACACCUAUAUUUUGCAGACUACCUAUACUUUGUUGUACUACAAAACACACUCAUGCAGCUACUAACAACGAGUGCUUUCGGAUAUAUCGUCGUUUUUUGCUACAGGAAAGGAUGAGUAAUGAUAAGGAUAGUUGGAAAAUGGAAGGAAAAUUUUUCUUAAGCGCAACACGCAUCGCAACGACAUUGCCUAUUGCAUAUAUCUGUAGUAUUUUUGUCGUUUUGAAACGUCGUUUAAUCGUAGACGGAUCGACGAUCAUUAAAAUAUAAAAAAAUAUUCGUUUGGGCUCUAGCGUCCUUAAAAUGUUAAUGUUUAAGCGUACUGCACGCGAGGACAACACGUAAAAUCGUCUACUUCCCUUUGAUUCGCUAUAAGUGGUUACCUUAAAAAGAUAUCCACGAUUAAAUUGUCGAAGGAUAUCGCUUUGUAAAGUUGUUCUCUCGUAUAUAGAGACUAAAGUUCAAUCGAGUAAACAAUCAAGCUUUUGUUUGGAUGGUCAAGCUCUCGUACGUUUUAUUGUUUCUUUCUGAGCUUUUCCAAUUGUUAGAAUUAUAUUAUAUUAUAUUACGUUGAAUGAAUCGUUGCCACUUUAUCGAAUAACUUUAACUUGUAUAAACUGUUACUAACUCUAUAAUUUCUCUUCAGUAGAUUAAACUUGACUGCAUAGUUGACCUUAUUUGACUGACUUCGAGACAUUGACUCGUUUUGGGGAACUUGAUCGCUUUCAACGAGGAAAGCGAACAAAGUACCCUGUAGAUAGUUACACACAAGAGUGGACACAAGAUUGGAUCCAAUUUUUAAAUUUCAGAGCUUGAACGUUUCAAACGAAUAGUAGAAUAGUUUUCUUUCCUUUAGAAAAUGUUUCUGGUUCGAUAUCAAAAGAGAAAAAUCGUGCAAUAAAAAAGGGGGAAAGAUGGUCUGUGUAUACGGGAGAACGACGUGGAGGAAAAUUUUCAAAAGAAUUUUCGUGAUUGCCUCGUAUAUUGAAACGCAGAAAAAAGGAAAAAAAUGUCACGGACCGUCGACGGCAGGUCGUCAUCGACACUCUUUUGUUUCAUAGCGUUUAGAACCGCCCUUGAAUUUGAAGGAGGGACUUUCCCCAUUAUAUACAAAGGACACGCGUGGACCCUCGCCAUGAUUUCCGAUGCAACGUCUAACGCGUUUCGCGCAAUUGGCGGCAGAUGUCGUCGUGGAGAUAUGCAGAAUUCUUGGCCCCUCGAGGCGAUGUUUUCUCUCGAACAAGUUUGACGUUGAAAGAUCCAGCGGGAAUCAAGGUGAACCGCAUCCUUCGACGAAUCAUAAACCGGUCACACGUUAACUCCGUGUGUAGUGUGAGCUGAGACAUGAAAAGAAAGAGUGGAGAACGAAGAGGGAGAUAGAGAGAGAAAGAGAGAGAGAGAGAGAGAGAAAGAAAGAAGGAAUGCAAGAGAGUACGAGUGGAAGGGCGACGACGAAUGCGCGAGGAAGAGAGGAAUACACACGCACGCACACAUACACGCGAGCAUGCAUACAUCGCACACACGUACACACACACGUACACAUACACGCUACAUACAACACAGACAUAUAAAUAUAUUCGAACGAAAGAAAAACUACAUGCAAUUCUACGAUCACUGCCAAGGGCGUUAACCGUUGACGUCGAUUUCUCAUUGUUUAAAUGUGUCGUAGUCGUCGUUUUUCUCGAAUGCUGCUGCAAACAAGCGAUUAAAAUGUAAUUAUAAAACAAUCGGAGA